AUUCGUGUCAUAAGACGCUCACCGUUCAAAAACCUGUUGUUUUUAAUUUCAGCCAACAGGGGGAGGAUUUCGGAGAUGCUGCUUUCUGAGUGGGUUUGUUGCUUUUGAAGAAAUUGGCGACACAGAAGCAUUAAAGAUUGCAAUACAUCGACAGAGGAAUGCUUCAAAAUCAUCACCGUCUGUAAGAGAAUAAAAUGACUGCAUUUUGCUUCAAGAAAAAGGAAGACUUUGGAUAGUUCCAUUACCAAGCCUAAAGAAUGACAGCGCGCUUAACGGCAGAAGAAGAACAGGCUACGAAGCAGUUCCUAGAGGAGAUCAGCAAGUGGACAACGCAGCACAGGGUCUCGCCACUGUCAUGGAAUGUGGCCGUCAAGUUCCUCAUGGCCCGAAAGUUUGACGUCCUGAGAGCCAUAGAACUGUUUCACUGCUACAGGGAGACUCGUCUGAAGGAGGGAAUCGUGAAGCUCAAACCACAGGAGGAGCCGCUGCGCUCGGAGCUGCUGAGCGGCAAGUUCACAGUACUGAGUGUUCGAGAUCCAUCUGGUGCCUCCAUCGCCCUAUUCACAGCCAAGCUGCACCACCCCCACAAGACCGGGCAUAAUGUGGUACUGCAGGCCUUGUUCUACCUGUUGGACCGAGCUGUGGAGAGCUUUGAAACCCAGAGGAAUGGCCUGGUGUUUAUAUAUGACAUGUCUGGCUCCAAUUACACUCACUUCGAACUGGAUCUCAGUAAAAAGAUCUUGAGCUUGUUGAAGGGUGCCUUCCCGGCCCGGCUGAAGAAGGUAUUUAUUGUGGGGGCGCCUGUCUGGUUCAGAGUGCCCUACAACCUGCUGAGUCUGCUACUCAAGGAGAAGCUGCGCGAGAGGGUUCAGAUGGUGAAGAUGGCAGACCUGCGGCAGCACAUGCCCCGUGAAUGCCUUCCCGAGCACCUGGGUGGGGUGCUGGCUCUGGACCCCCUGGGCUGGAACCGGCAGCUGCUGGCUGGGCAGAACGGCCAUGCAGACCCCCUGGAUGAGCUGGUGGCGGUGUCCACAGGGCCGAGCCGCGAGGAGCCAUCCAUCCACACCCCCGGCCUGGAGUCCAUGACCCUGCAGGAGCUGGUGGAGCAUCUGAGGCUGGUGCAGCGCACUGGGAUCCACGAGGAGUACGAUGAGAUCCGCCGUGAAACCCCUCCUGGCACCUUCAACUGUGCCCUAGCUGCUUGUAACCAGGACAAGAAUCGCUACGGGGAUGUUCUCUGUCUGGACCAGACAAGGGUUCGACUGAAGACUGGAAAAAAUGAGAAGUCUGACUAUAUAAAUGCCAGCUUCAUGGACGGUUACAAGCAGAAAAAUGCCUACAUCGGUACUCAAGGACCCCUGGAAAACACUUAUGCCGAUUUCUGGAGGUCAAUUUGGGAGCAGAACGUGUUAGUCAUCGUCAUGACCACCAGGACAGAUGAAGGAGGGCGGAAGAAGUGCGGUCAGUACUGGCCCCUGGAGAUGAACGGACAAGAGGUGUACGGCCAUAUUGCAGUGGUAAACCAGAGAGUGGACAACCACAGCCACUAUAACCUGACCACUCUGGAGCUGCACAACACAGAAACCUGUGAGCAGCGACAGGUGACCCACUGCCAGUACCUGAGCUGGCCAGAUUACGGGGUACCGAGCUCAGCUGGAACACUCCUAGACUUCUUGGCAGUCGUGAAGUGGCAACAGAAGCAGGCGGUCAAGGCCCUGGGCCCUCGAUGGAAGGGCCAUCCAGCCGGACCACCUAUAGUCGUCCACUGCAGUGCUGGAAUCGGCAGAACAGGUACUCUGUGUGCUCUGGAUAUCUGCCUAUCCCAGCUGCAGGACGUGGGAACCCUCAACAUUUACCAGACAGUACGGAGAAUGAGGACUCAGCGUGCCUUUAGCAUCCAGACCAGCGACCAGUACUACUUCUGCUACACCUCCAUCCUGGAGCACGCCCAACGACAGGGGGCCCUCACAGCCAAUCAGUAAGGAUUCCUACCACCCCACACCCCCAAGCGCUGGACCAAUCACAGGCAACAGAGACUGACCAAAUCACUCCCUCUCUGGCAGAGCCACCACCAAUGGGCAGUCAAUCUCAACUGUAGACCAGUCAUGUUUCAGACUGAGCAAAAUGCGCGAGUCCCCUAACCAAAAAGCAAACAAGCACCAUCAGCUAAUUGUAACCGCAGGAGCAACUCAUUUAUGGAACGCCUUUGAUUGGAUAGAAAAGUAAACCAGUCUUGCCUUUUGAAACAAGACUCUGACAUGCAGCACAGCAAACUGUCCCGGCUGUUGUGCAUUGAUACAGAAUGUUGAGGAGAUUAUUGUUCACUUUUGUUGUUAUUGUUGAAAUGUUCAUUUUUGUGACUAACAGGCUCACUCCAUACUAUGACAGCCCAGACCAGAAUCAGCCCAGAACAUCCCUAGAACCAGAAUACUAAAACAAUAAGAAACCUGGCUAUAUACGGUAUGGUAUAAUUAAGGUUUCUAAACCAGCAGGAACAGUUAACUACUACAGUAAAAGAGGUUGCAAAAUAGCAGCCAUUGACAUGUAAUGUAUGAAAUAACCACACAAAACUAUUUUUGUUGGGUGGCUUUAAUUUCUAACAGUCAGAAGCCACUAUUACAUGUUAUUAGAUGUCAAUUUUUGGGUUAUUAUCUUUCAUCAGAUUGCUUUAGAAAAUCUCAUACAUCUGCACUAAACUUGUUACUUUUUUGUUGUUUGACUCAAUGUGCUGUGAAUGACACUAGAGAAAGAAUUGAAAUGAGGAUCGUACCCAUUGCAUUGCAAUUGAAUUCAAUCUUAAUUACUACUUUCAAUUGUAUUGGAUAAAUCUGUGGCAUUUUUACAGAAAAUAUUUGAAGAGUUACAGAACAUCCAGCAAAGGGAAUGUGUUUCUUGUAAACUGCAGGGAGUUCUGUAACACUCUAAAUGGAGGCUGUGAAAUGGGACUCUUAUUUCCAAACCUGCUAUAGUCAUUUGCUGCUGUUGUAAACAGACGAUUCUGCGAGAAUGGUUUGGUUUGUUUAAGAGUCACAAGUCGUUACUACAGGUGGAAAUGAACCUUUUUAACUGUGGUCUCAAUGAGCAAUGGAAACAUAGCUUUACAGUUUCUAUCCCCCCCAGAUCCCUCCCAGACUCUCCUCUUGUGUUUCAUCCCCCUGUUUUGUAUCCCUCCCAGCCCCCAGACCCUCCUCUUGUGUUUCAUCCUCAGCCACACUCAAGAAGUGGUGCCUCCACGCCAAUGCCAGUCUUGCCUGUAGAAACUAAGUAAUUAAUUUGUUUUUAUGAAGGACUGAGGGGCUGUUGAAAAUGCAGUUUUUAUCCCAUGUCUGCAUUUAUAGGAUUGCUCAUGUUCAAAAGGGGUGGAACUGAAGCAAGUUCAGGCUCCCACAGUGACACUGGGUCAGAGGUGUGAAUUUCAGAUAAGCCUGGUCUUGCUGUUAAAGGCUUUGUUAGACCACCAUCAGUGAAUAUUUUCAAAAGCCUUGCUAUUAGCCUGAAUUAUGUAUACAGUCUGCAAAAGUGUUUUAAUGCAAACAUUUACUUUUACAAUGUAACAUUAGUGUGAGUAAUUGUAAUUAUGUAUGAACUUGCACAUGGUUUCUUAGUGAAUUCAUAUUGAAUUCAUAUCAAGUACAUUUUUCUUCAUGACCCAUUCCAUACUCAACCAUAAAAUAAUUUUAUUGUGAAAAGAAA